AUGAACGUCGGAACGAUCGGGCACGUUGACCACGGGAAGACGACAAAGUACGGCGACAAGAUGAUGACCUACGACCAGAUCGACAACGCGCCGGAAGAGAAGGCACGUGGUAUCACGAUCAACACCAGGCACGUCGAGUAUCAGAGCGAGGGCCGGCACUACGCACACGUCGACUGCCCCGGGCACGCCGACUACAUCAAGAACAUGAUCACGGAACGGGAGGUGGACCGGGAAUUCCUGAUGCCGAUCGAGGAUGUCUUCUCGAUCGUCGGACGCGGGACGGUCGUGACGGGCCGCGUGGAGAGCGGUCGCAGGACGGUGGUAACCGGCGUCGAAAUGUUCAACAAGCUGCUCGACGAAGGACAGGCCGGGGACAACAUCGGCGCACUGCUGCGCGGUGUGGUGCUGGCCAAGCCCGGUUCCAUCACGCCGCACAAGAAGGUGAAGGCGCAGGUCUAUGCCCUCACUCGGGAAGAGGGAGGGCGCCAUUCGCCGUUCUUCCCCGGAUACCGGCCGCAGUUCUACUUCCGAACCACCGACAUCACCGGCAGCGUGACCCUCCCGGAAGGGAAGGAAUGGUCAUGCCCGGCGACAGCACCGAGCUCAACAUCGAGCUGA